AUGGCAAACUCUUCCGCAAACGGCGUUCCCGUUGAGGGAUUGGACGUGACUGGCAACUUGACGUUGAUAGAGUCGUUGUCUCAGCUCCCUGCAGCCCUACUGAAGCACCAGGAUCUCUUCAUAAUCGAAGCAAAGAUCGUCUUCUCAGCUCUGGCCUGUAUCUGGCUCGGCGCACAUGCCUCCUUGCGACGGCCUCCUAGUGCAAGUCCUCCCGCCAAGAAAAAGUCCACGUCAGGAAAGAGGGAUGACGACAAUGAUGACCCGUUCGUUCAGGGUUUGGUCGCAUCGGAUGCUAUCAUGUUUCCUAUCCUUGCUGGAACUGUCCUCGUCGGUCUCUACUACCUUAUCAAGUGGCUGGAAGAUCCCGCCAUCAUCAGCAAAAUCAUGGGCAUUUAUUUCUCUGUCAUGUCACUUGGUAGCAUGGGUAAGCUCCUAGCGGACACUCUGCACUUCUUCACUGGUUUCAUUUUCCCAGACAACUGGGAGGCCCGUGAUGGCACUUUCUAUACCUUCGACACUGCAAAGAAGUGCCAGUCAUAUGUCAACGAAUCUGGCGAGCAUAUCUCUGACGAGACCAGAAAGACGCCGUUUCCCGGUUUCCUUUCCAGCAUGAAGCUCUCGGAGCAGUGGCGCAACACACUCUGGGAAGUAAGCUACAUUCUCAAGAAGGACUGGACUAUUCGCAUUGGAAUGCAUGGUAUCGGACGCGAGAAGUUCCAUGUCAAGCUUAAUGAUAUUUUUGGCUGGCUGAUGGCGAUUGGCUUCAGUAUUCUCUACCACAACACCAAGUCGACCUUUUUGUCAAACGUUAUGGGUUAUGCAUUCUCAUACGUUGGCAUCAUUACCUUGUCGCCGACCUCCUUUAUGAUUGGGAGCUCUGUACUUUUUGGCUUGUUCUUUUAUGACAUCUAUAUGGUUUUCUAUACCCCGUACAUGGUUACCGUUGCUACCAAACUCGAUGUCCCUAUCAAACUGGUAUUCGAGUCAAAUAAGCGUUCGAGCAUGCUUGGUCUUGGCGACAUUGUCGUCCCAGGUAUCUUCAUCGGACUCUGUCUCCGCUUUGAUCUCUUCCUUUACUACUAUCGGCAGCAAAAGCUUCUGCCCGUGGAGCUAGAGACAGAGACAAUCUCAGAUAAGGGGACCCUGGCCACGAAGGAGACGCAGCGCAUAGUCCACAAACCGGAAUACAUGGACCCCAAGGGCCAGUGGGGCAACAUGUUCUGGAGCAAGCGCAAUACCCCAACGUUGAAGGUUGCUGCGUUUCCCAAGACGUACUUCAAAGCUGCCAUGGUUGGAUACCUACUCUCUAUGGUGACAACGCUGGUGAUGCUGCUCGUUUUCAAACAUGCCCAGCCAGCGCUAUUAUACCUCGUCCCCGGUGUGGUGUCGGUUGUGUGGCUCACAGGUGCUCUUCGGGGCGAACUGAAAGAAAUGUGGAUCUACACAGAAGAUGGAAGUCUUGACAAGCAAGACGUCGUCGUCGAGGUGGACGGCGAGGGUAAUGUGGUUAAGCAGAUUGAAGAGUCAAAGGUGGACGAGAAGAAGGAUGGCGAGAAGACAGGGAAGCCAACAGAGGAGAAGCAGAUCCAAGAGACUCAGCUUGAUGGUGCAGGCCCCGAGAAAAUACAGUCCAAGGAGGACAAGAAAAAGAAGGCUUCAAGGACCGUCUUCUGGUUCACAAUCGAAGCACCUGAUUCACCAGAAGAAGCCUCGCAAUAA